AAUAAAACGCCUCGCUUUCCUUUGUUUCAUUGCUUUUCGUGGAGGAAAACCCGUAAAAGAGUAGUCUUUAGAGGGGUGGAGAGAUGUGUGGAGGAGCGAUCAUCUCCGACUUCAUACCGCCGUCGGCGUCGCGGCGGGUGAAGGCGGAGCACCUGUGGCCGGCCGGGAAGAACAGGAGGGGGAAGCAGCGGAGGGUGGAGGUCGAGGAUGACUUUGAGACGGACUUUCAGGAGUUCAACGACGAGUCCGAGGAGGACGACUUCGAUGACUUCGAGGAGGGCGAGAUCAGCUUUAAGACCGUCCAACGGAGAUCAUCCUUCUCUCGAGAGGGUUCUGUCACUCUAAAACCAGGAGACUAUGAUGGAUCUGCGGUUGAGUCAACCAAAAGGAAGAGAAAGAAUCAAUUCCGUGGAAUCCGCCAGCGCCCAUGGGGCAAAUGGGCAGCGGAAAUCAGAGAUCCUCACAAAGGAGUCCGUGUUUGGCUCGGGACAUUUAACUCAGCUGAAGAGGCUGCAAGAGCUUAUGAUGCUGAAGCUCGUCGCAUCCGUGGCAAAAAGGCAAAGGUGAAUUUCCCCACUACAGCAAAGUCUGGUGGCCAAAAGCGCAUUCAGAAGCCUACUUCUCGAAAACCACCUAUGCCAAAUCUGUCUGAACAAAAUGAAUUCAAGCAGUACACCUAUCUGAAUGACCAGGAUUGUGAUGUCUAUUCUGCUACGGGCUUCUUGGAAGAGAAGGUGCUAACUAAACCUGACUAUUGGAACCCCACUGCAACAAAAGAACUUUCUGCACCUUGUGAAGUUCUCAACUUCCCUUCUGAUGAGGGAAGUAACUCUUUUGGCCAUCCUGACUUUGUAUGGGAAUAUGAGACAAAAACCCCAGAGAUCAUGCCAGUUCAUGUUCCUGCUGCUAUCGAAGGCAAUGUCACUGAAUUGCUGGGACAUGAUAACCCUCAGACGAAUUUGAAAGACAAUUGUGGAGUGGAAGUGUCGGCAGAAGAGAGCACUGCAGUUAAACUCCCUGAUGACAUAUCUGCUUAUGAGUCGUACAUGAAAAUCCUGCAAUUUCCUUACCUUGAGGAGAGCUCCAAUUUGUCAAUUGACUGCCUAUUUGGUGGUGAAUGUUAGGAUCGAGAGCACUAAGAGGGGGGGGGGGUGAAUUAGUGCAGCGGAUAUUUUUCAGCGAUUAAAAAACGAAAGCUGCGUUCGUUCGAUAAAGACUAUUUUGAUGCAAAAGCCGAUUCUAAGAUUACUUAUGAUUAAGUGCAGUUUACGUUUAAACACAGUUAGCGUCUAAACGCAGUUUGCGUCUAAAUGCAUAUUGCGUCUAAACUCAGAUUGCGUCUAAGCGCAGUUUGCGUCUUAGCGCAGAUUGCGUCUAAGCGCAGAUUGCGUCUAAACGCAGAUUGCGUCUAAGCGCAGAUUGCGUCUAAACACAGUUUGCGUCUAAGAGCAGUUUAAGCAGAAGUAUAAAGACAAUGUGCUGCUGUUGUACAGCUCAAAAAGUAAUCUGCAAAAAACAGAUUUACGUCUAAACGCAGAUUUACGUCUAGACGCAGAUUUACGUCUAAACGCAGAUUUACGUCUUAAACGCAGAUUUACGUCUGAACUUUGAAACUCGUUUGUAUACUCGCAGAAGGCAGUAUGCAGUUGAAAUCAAGACGUAAACGUGAACUGAGAUAUGAUGAUUGUGCGAGGAAAGCCGAUUUACGUCUAAAUGCAGUUUUACGUCUAAAUGUUGAAACUCGUUCGUAAAAUUGUAGAGGACAGUUUGCAGUUAUCAAUAGGAUCAAAAUGUAAGUGUAAACUGCAAAGAAACUCGUUCGUAAAAGCACGGAAGACAGUUCUGCAGAAUCAAACGUAAACGUAAACUGUAAUGUACGAAAAUACGAAUUUACGUCUGAAUGCAGAUUCGGAAGAACAGCACUUAGAACUUGUUCGUGAAAGCGCAGAGAGCAGUAGUAAUGAAGGAGGUUUGCAGUAAUGAUAAAGUGCUAAAAAAUAAACGCAAACCAGAGAUUUAGAGUGGUUCGGUCAGCCUUGACCUACUCCACUUUUGGCUUCCUCCACCGACGAGGUCGCCGACGUCAACUAGGGGCCUUCCUUCAAUAGGCGAAGGCCAAACUGCCCUUUUACAGUUUCUCUCCUUUUGACAGGCUCAGGAGACAACCUUUACAGACCUUUCUCUCCUCACUUUACAACUGAAAACUUGAAGAACAGAAGGAGGAGACUUAAAGGCUUUACAACACUUUUGAGCUCUUAGAAUCACAGAAAAGAUCAAGAUUUCGGUGUAGGUCUGUAUCUUUUCAGUGCUGAAUGGGUGGGGAAUUUAUAGGCCCCAACCCAAUUCAAAUUUGGAGCUCAAAACAAUCAAAUCCCGGAAUUCUGGGAUCAGGCGGUUGCACCUCUUGACUGGAGAGGUUGCACCGCCUGGCAGAGCUCGAAGACCGAGCUCAGGCGGUGCCACCUCUCUGCCAGGGAGGUUGCACCGCCCAGUCUUGCUCGAAGACUGAGCUCAGGCGGUGCCACCUCUCUGUCAGGGAGGUUGCACCGCCCAGUCUAGCUCGAAGACUGAGCUCAGGCGGUGCCACCUCUCUGCUGGGGAGGUUGCACCGCCCAGUCUCGCUGGAAGGCCUAGCCCAGGCGGUGCCACCUCCUGGCCUGGGCGGUUGCACCUCCUGGUGCAAUCAAGGUCCGAAUGGUUCAUUCCAUUCGGCCCAAUUUCAGUCUUUCAGGGGCCCAAUUGCCCCAAGAUUAAGCCAAUGGGAUCACCUCCCAUUUUCCAACUUAAUCAAUGUGCUAACUACGAUUAAAUCUAAGACAACUUCUGCAGCUUUGCUUCGGUGCGUCAAUCGCUCCUUCCGGCGAGUUUCCGGCGAACUUCCGUCGAUCAUCCGAUGAACCCUCGGUGAUGCUCCUGCGGACUUCCGGCAAACUCCUGGACUUUGCGACGAUCCACUUGGCAAGUUCCGACGAGCUUCGCUUGGCAAGCUUCUGGACUUCUCGGAUCUGUUCUCGCAGAACCUCCGACGACCGUCCGAACUUCCGUCGAACUCUCGAACUCCCAACGUGAUCAUGAACUUGACUCCGGCGCAACUCCUGCUGCUUGUCUAUCUUUCAUCGUAGUUAAUCCUGCACACUUAUCUCAACACAUAGAUUAGACAACAAAUGACAAUUGACUUCAUCAUCAAAAUCCGAGAUUCAACAGUGAACUGGCUCAGGAUGAUCCGAGUGCUGUGAACCUGUGGAGCUUCGAUGAUCUGCCCAUGGAGGGCAGUGUUUACUUGGGGACUUCGGCCCUGGCUACUGGUUCUCUGUAAAUAUGGAUAAAAGUACCAAUGUUGAUGAAGGUUGAUUAUGGAGGGCCAGAAUUGUUUAUGGGGUGUCAUGAAUCUGAACAUGAUUCCGUUUGCAGAAUAAUCUUUGGAAACAACAUUUUAUAUCUGCCUUUUAAAGUGUUUUGGCUUUUAGCUUAUGGACUCACAUUUACUAUUAUGCUGACGAUUGGUGUAUCUGUUGCAAGUUCUUGUUCUGUGACAUGCUUUUGAACUUGGGGUAGAUUUUCCCCUGCUUUAUCUA